UUUCAUAGAUGCAUGCAACAAUACAAGCUUUGUAUCGUCAUUUUCCCUUGAUCUGAUUAGGUUAAGUAUCGUUUGUGGACUAACAUUUGUGAGAGAAAUGAGUCUAUAUCCUGGAUUUGGUGGCUGGAUCAAUCAGAACAUUCAGCAACGUCCUAAGGCUGAAUCUGGGAGACAUGAGGAUGUUGAAUCUAAAUCAAUGUCAGAGAAAGAUACCAAUCUAAAACCAUGGUACGCCGAACCUGGUGAGAAUACAGCUACCGAACCUGGGGAUGUUAGAUCCAAGCCACUGUAUGAAAUACACGAAAAAGAAAAACACAAUGAAGUACAUGAAAGUGUUCGAGGGUAGCUGGAAGAUAGAGCCUCUAUACGUAGAUUCCGAACGCUUGUGCAACCAAAGAGAGCCGAAGAGUCGAGAAGAAUACAGAAGAU